UUGAGAACAACAAACACGGGCUCAAUGCGACCGCCCGCUGCCCCGGAACGGCCGGGAACGCCGAGUAGUACCGGAGAACACGACGCGGAGCCCGGGCCCGGAGCUGGAGCGGGCGGGCCGAGCGGGCCUGGGGGGCCGGCCGCCUGGGAGGAGGACGAGGCCGGCCCACCCGCGCUCGUCAUAUACGUGGUGGAGCCGCCCGCCGCGCACGCGCACCGCCCGCGGGCACUGGCCGCCCUGCUGAGACUAGCGUCGCAGGUCGCCAACCAUCUACAUCACCACAACCCACUCGUCAAGAUAAUAUCUCUGGACGGCGUGUGUGAGUGGUGGGGCGCGCGCGGCGGCUGGGCGGCCGAGGCACGCGCGCUGGCCUUCAGUGUGUUCGGCGGAGCGAGGAGACUCAUGCAGCACUCGCCCGCCGGGAAGAGUCUCACUGGCUUCGGCACGGCCGCCACAGCUAACUUGUUCAUCAACAACAAGGAUGAGAAGAACCGUGCGCCCUACAAGCUGUUCUCCCCGGCGUGGGUGCUGUCUCCCCCGCGCGCGCUGAAGGAGGUGGCGGAGACGUGGGGCACGGCGUGCGGCGAGCAGUCUAGCGUGCUGUUCGUGGCCUACUGCCUGUCGCACGACCAGCGCUGGCUGCUGGCCGCCGCCACGGACGGGCGCGGGGAGCUGCUCGACACCGCCGCCAUCAACAUACACGUGCCCGCCAGAUCAAGAAGGAAGCGAGGCGGUCCGGCGAGGAGGCUGGGCCUCACUAAACUCAUGGAUUUCACGUUGGGAGUAAUGUCACAGUCCGCUCAGCCGUGGAGACUGGUCGUUGGACGCGUCGGGAGGAUCGGCCACGGAGAACUUAAAGGUUGGAGCUGGUUGUUGUCGCGGCCCAACCUGAACCGCGCGUCCAACCUGCUCCGUGAGAUGUGCGGCAGCUGCUCCCUGCUGUACCCCACGGGCGCGCCCUGCAUCCUGUCCGCCUGCCUCGUGUCCACGGAGCCCGACUCGUGCCUCCGCCUCAUGGCCGACCGCUUCACGCCCGACGAGCGCUUCUCACAGGCCUCCAUACAGUCGCACCUCCACACGCCCAGGGACGUCACCGCCACGCACAUACUCGUCUUCCCCACCUCCGCCACCACACAGUCGAAUCAAAUGCCGUUCGAGCCGCCGAAUGCGAACGGAGAGGAAAACGACAUGCUGCUGGGACUGGAGAUGGUGGACGAGGACAUGGGCGAGGACAACAUGACGGACCUGCUCAUAGGAGACAUGUUCAUGUGGCCGGCCGGCAGCCCGCGGGCCUCGCCGCGCAGGCACGACGACGAGGCCAGCCGCGAGGGGAGCCCCGCGCGACACGCGCACCUCAACAACACGGGCGCAUACACCAGGGACGACGACCACCACCCGGAGCAAGUGGGGACAGUCCUCCAACAGCCGCUGGCCCUCGGCUACCUGGUGUCCACAGCCCCGCUGGGCGCCAUGCCCGGUUGGUGGUGGGCCAGCUGCUGGCACCUCCGCGACGCGUGUCCCGCCUUCCUCAAGAACGCGCUCCACCUGCAGUGCGCCGUGACCGCCCACGACGACUACACGUCGCUCACACAGCGCCGCGACCACAACGCGCACCCGCUGGACUCCACCACCACCACGGACGUGCUGAGGUAUGUGCUGGAGGGGUACAACGCCCUCUCCUGGCUGUCGCUGGACGGGUCCACUCACGACCGCUUGUCGUGCCUGCCGCUACACGUGCAGGUCCUCAUGCGGCUCUACCACACGGCCGCCGCGCUCGGAUAG